GGUGGUGGUGGAGGGGGAGUAUACGUCACAAAUUACGAUUAUUUGGUUGGGACUGUUGAAAAAGUUUGGCCCCAGUCCAAGAAAACACCCAUCGCGCGCUGUCUCUUAUAGACACCAGCCACUUAUGUUUAAGUAUCGGUGAGCUUUACCGUCGUUAUGGGGUCAAUUAGCUACUUCAGGCAUCGUUGGUUACUCGUCAGAAAUCGUGUUGCUAGCACUUAAUUAUCGUUUUAUGAACUUAAGAGAAUGAUAAAUGAAUGUUGACUCACUGAUGAGUAAACAGAACACUUACCAUCGCUCUUGGCAACUCACUAAACGAACUGGCACUUUACUGAAAUAUCAACAUCGUAGGCUUAAGUCGAACUGGUACAGCAGGUGUUUUUAAGAUAAAACUUAUUAAUAUCUGUCCAAGGUCAAUCCAAUAUACCGUGCAAAAAUAACGGAACAAAAAUUUCCAUCGUCAAGUAUGGGUUCAAACAACUUUUUCUUAAUCUCUAAGCGUAAGAUUUCAUUAUAUUAACGGUCUUUUUGUGACCAGUUUCUUCUGUUAUUCAGGGUUACUUUAAGAAACAGGCUUUCAGAUCACACAGGGCAGCUCACAUCAUAUAUACAGGAAGAAUAAAACUUUGUUUCAAGUUGGCUUACGUUAGAAUCGGAUAACUCAUUUUCGUAUAAACCCAAUUACACCAGCUGCACCACCGAAUAGUUCUCAUAUCGUUUUAUUCUAAGAUGGAAGUUUAAACAAGCUUGCAUCGACGAAACCAGCCGGAGAAACUGCGACACUGUAUUUUACGAGAGAAACGUUAGUAUUAAUGAGAUUCUGUGAGUCCGACACCGCCUUUGUGAACGGUAGAGAGUAGAACACAAGUGAGACAAGCGAAUACUUCCCGCGCCCGUUCCUGUCGCAUAGACGUGCCUACAGCGUGUGACCGAGCCCCCAAAAUAUCCGCGGACCUUCAGGUGAUACCAUAUCUGUCUACCUUGUGAUAAAGUACACAUCAUCAAGACUUUUAAUAGCACUAAUCGCCCAUAGAGUCGUAAUCACUUUGUAGCUGCCUGAGAUGUAUUGUUGAAGUGUUUGCUCGGCUCUGAUAAGGGGAUUGAAACAGUCCAGUUUGACGCGCUCCUCAACUCGCGCAGGCGGUGUCACAGCUCGUCUACUCCGGACUUCUGAGCAGUUUGACAGCGCAUCUGAAUAUCAUCGCAGCCCAUUGCAGUACUCUAUCUGUAUGUAUCCAGGACAGACGGCAGUGUCAGUGUGUCAAGUCGCGACAGAAGACUAGCAAGAGAAACGCCCUCUCUGCUCCACCUCACGCUUGGUCCGGGGGUGUUACUAGGUGAGGUUGGAGUCACUGAUUACAGACUGGUUGCCAAGGAGGCAGUGACAUUUUAAUGGCGAUAUUUGUGCGACCAUUCCGCCUUUGUUGUUGUGUCAUUACACAUCUAUUUUGGAAGUAGGCGUCGGACAUCUGAUUUCGUCCUGUCCGUGCAUGUACAGCGCUCUUAUCGUAACUUUGGAGACCGAUUGCCUCGGCACGAUGGAACGGAGCUCCCGAUCAGCCAAGAGCAAGGCUCCGGCAAAGGUCUGGUUCCACAUCUUUGUCAAACUUCCCCGAGGUUUGAUGACAUCGCUGAGAGUCCAUGCGGACAUGACUGUAGGUGAACUACAAGGCAUGGUGGAGGAAGCUAGUGGAAUCCCAUGCGACGUACAGAAGGUGACGACUUCACAGAACAGCGGUCCUGACAAGGAGCUCCUCCUGGGUCAGCUCGGGCUCCGGGCGGGCUCCACCGUCAGUGUGGGGCCGGACGAUCGGUGGCGGGAUGUGUUCGGCGCCGCUAUGAUGGGAGACUACUGGCUGGUGCGGCGGUGUGUGGACGGGAUGGAGGAGGGAGAGACACGGACGGACGGACGGUUCUGUGCCAUGUUCCUGGCCGCGCAUCGUGGACACCUGGAUUUGCUCCAGAAGCUGUUGGCGGAUGGACAGAACGUCAACCGAAAGACCACAGGGGGACGCAGCGCGCUCCUCAUCGCCCAUGCCCGCGGCCACAGUCAGUGUGUGGACGUCCUUUUGGACCACGGAGCCGACACAUCAGAUCUUCCCAACGGCCAGGUUCAGAGAACCGCCAAUAUGGCUCCCGGGGAAGACCAGCAACAGGACACCGAGGAAUCGUCGACCUUCAACCGGUUGUCAACACAUUCCAGUAUCGGGGCACGCGAUGAGACAGCUGAAACGAGCAACAGAAAAUCCCCGACAACCUCAUUGGACGAACAUGAGUCUUCGUCGAAUGGUCAGAAACACGACGAUUUGAUAGCGCCCCCUAACGGAGGUACCAGCCAAUCUAGAGCCAACCGAAAGCACCACAGCACUCCGAAAGAAGAAGACAUCAACCCUCUGAAGAAAGUCAGAAGCAGAAAUGAAGACGAUGAAGCUUUUGACAGAGAAGAUAAUGGGCAGCCGGGCAGGGUGGACAGACUGAAGCAGUUCUCUCGGACCCGCAGUGCUGGCCGGAGGAGCUCAGCCCCUGUGGUCAGUCUGGUCAACAGGCCAAACUCUGCACUUGUCGGGCGAGUGAAGACAUGGGGAGGGACACCACAGCCUCGGAUCGCCAACUUGCGCAGGGGGAGUGAAUCCAGCGAAGCAGACGACCGUUUGUCGCCGUUGCCGGGGUUGACACCGAGGCGCCACCAUCAUCCUGCCUCCAUUACAGCAGAUGCAGCCAGCAUCCUGAAGUCCAUGAGUUCCACAGAGGAAGUAGAACCGAUUGCUCCUCCCAACAGUCCCCGUCAUGCUUUUAUCGGCUUAGAUCCCGCCUGCCCUCCGGCUCGACCCCGGCCGUCUCUCACGGGCCGCCGCCUCACAGGGCUCCGAAGAGUCAGCCUUCCUGCGGCGCUACCCAGCAGGGCGAAGCUACCGACAGGUCCCUCACCGAACCAGAAGAAAACUUUCGACGAGUGGCUAGAGGAAGUGGAAGAGAGAAAGAAGUUUGAGGAGGAACAGAAGACGUGGAACCGCCUACAGGAGAUGCACGAGCAGGCUCUCAGAGAGGACGCGAAGUACAAGAAGAGGCUAAGUUUCGACGAUUGGAGCCGACAAAAGGAACUUGAGAAAAUACACAAGAUGGAGGAGUACGAAGAGGAUAAGGAGAAGAGUCAGCAGAAGGAGAGGCGGCAGAAGAUGUCUGCGGAGGAGUAUCAGAAGUGGGUGCUGAGGAAGGAACAGGAGGAGCUGGAGAAGGAGCGUCAGAAACAGAAGGAGGCAGAGAAGGACUACCAGAGAUGGCUGAAGCUAAAGGAAGAGCUGCAGGAAGUAGAGAAGAAGAUGGGGAGGGUCUCGUUGAGGCCGAAGAGUACACAAAGGCGCAUGUCUUUGCAGUACGCCGCUAGGAGCUAGAGGCAGAACUAUCUGCCCGAAACCAAACUUUAUACCCAACCAUGUUCGACCACGUUGCAGUUUGGUCGCUAUGUCUUGAACAAGUUUGUAUCAUACAGAGGGACUUCUCAACACUUCUCAUAUCAGUUCAUGUCAACUGCUGCUCACAAACUGAAUGGACUAUUUGCUAGAAACGCAUUUCUUAUUUCAAUAUUUGGUCCACACCAAUAAACGCCUCUCUUUCUCAAUGCCCACGAAAACCUAAUUCACUUUAUUAGAACAGGUUCACGUGUAUGUAAGGUAUUGUCGACAUAAAAUGCUUUGUACUGCUGUGUAAUUUGGUAUAUAAUUACAUGUAAAUAUGUACAUUUUACUGGGAUGGUUUCUGCAUUAACAUUUAAUGUGCUCCGUGACAAAAUACCUACUUUCUGUGUAUGACGCCUAUAACUUAUAUCAUACUAGUAUAAGCGAUGUUUAACAAGAUUCUCUUAAAUCUAUAGUAUGUAAAUAUCAGAUACUGCAGCAAAUCAUAUACUGUAAUUUUGUAAAGAACUGACUCUUUAUGACAAAACAAGGAAAAUAUCACGAUGCCCAAGUAGAAUGCAUUGCACGUUCUCUGUGAUCAUAGGACUGAUGGUCUUCUAUACUCGCCAAACUACUAUUGUUGCCCUUUGGCUAAAAUUAAAUUGCUACUUGAGACCAGAAAAUAUGAUCUGAAUUACAUCUGGCACUGGAAAACCACCGAAACGUUUAAUGCGAUUUGAAUAAUAGAAUCGAGGAGCAGGGCCGUUGGAACUGUACGCUCGAGGGGUCAACCGACUGAACCAAACACUCCAUCACCGUCUGUGUGCCUUUGGCGGGAAAACUGCAGUUGAUGCAGAAAAAUGGCGCCCUGGCGCGGAGGUAAUGACGCCGGUUUCUGGUGGCUGCCAAACCCAUGCGGCACUUUGGCGGGUCAGGGCAGCCCAGCGCGUAAAUCACGACUAAGGUGAUGGUUUUUAUUGCAUGGGGGGCAAUCAAUGUACAAUCAAUAUCCCCAAAUGGCGAAUUUGCCGUGCCCUUGUCACCCCCGCCGCGCAACAAAGCCCGUCCAUCACCUCUCUGUGGAGUACCGGGCGGCGGGAAGGGGACUCAUGAUGGCGGUAAUCAGGUCCGUCCGCGCUGCUGUUUGGGGACAUGUGUAGAUGAUGUACAUAAAAACUGGAAUGAUUCUGUCAAUAAAUCUUCUCGUCUAUA